AUGCUCGCCCUCCACCUAAAUCCACAGCCAUGCCCGAACCGGAGACUUCAAACACGCCCUCCUCGCCCAAGGCACGCCGUCGCAUGCGAUUCAGGGGCUGGUCUCUCUGCCGGAGACAAAUCCCCCGCGCCACCGCCGUCGGCGGCGCUGGGGAGGAUCCGGCGGCUUGUGCUUACGCCGGAUGGUAGAUCCAAGCUCAACCCCACCCCCGACAGGGACUUUUAUGCCUUCCCCCGCUUCGUGAAGCACGUUGACGAGGGGUUCUUGAAGGAGUUGACGAAGCUGUACUUGGAGAGGAUCCCGGAGGGAGGAGACGUCUUCGAUCUGAUGAGCUCGUGGGUGAGCCACCUACCAGAAGAGGUUCCGUACCGGCGAGUGGUGGGGCACGGCCUAAACGCGCAGGAGCUAGCGAGGAACCCUCGGCUUGAAUCCUUCUUUGUCAAGGAUCUGAACAGGGAGCAGGAGCUCGCCUUGGAGAGCUGCAGCUUCGAUGCGGUUGUCUGCACUGUGAGCGUACAAUACCUCCAGUGGCCGGAGAAGGUGAGUCUAUUCUAAUCUAUCUCACCACGGUGGAUGGUUCUUUAAAGCAUGGAUUUAGUCGCCGGAGAGCUGCUGGCUGACCUCCGGGAGUUGUCCGUAGCUUGCUCUAACCCAAAACCCGGAAAAAUACUAAUCUCCGGACCGAGUUCAUCCAAAACCAACAAUUUAGAUAUCUCAUCAUAAUUUUGCCUCUCUUUUAUGUAGAUUUGGAAAAUACAACUCUAUCCUUAGUUUAUCAUAAAUAAGGUUGUGAAUAGGCGGGUAACGGAGCCUGAUCUGAUUUUCUCGAGAUUCUGGCUUCAAAAUGAGCUCAAGAAAGAAAACAUGCAUGAGCUGGCCGGGCCCAAUGCCUAUCCAAAUCGGCUCUAGACUUUGAUAAAGUUUACUAUAGAAACUUAUGACCUAUUUUCUCUGCCACGAGGCUGUCUCAAGAUUAUCCAUAUGAUAUUAGGUCAGUCUCUCCUCAUAGAAGAUUCCUACCGAAAACAAAGAUGAGUUUCGAACUUAUUGGGGUGGUCCAUUUCCGAAGCUUUCUCUGGGUCCGACCCUAGCUUAUCCGUGUUCUUUUAACAAGUACUCGUUAGCUGGGAAUCCUAUCGGAAAUGGUUUCCAUUUUAUAAAAAUAAUUACUCGUUCUACCUCAUACGAUUGGGUCUAUACAACGUUACCUUAUGAACAAACAAUUCUUACUUUUCCAGGUGUUUGCCGAGGUGUUACGUGUUCUUAAGCCUGGGGGUGUCUGCAUCAUCAGCUUCAGUGACAGGAUGUUUUACGAGAAAGCCAUAGCAGCGUGGAGAGACGGCACAACCUACAGUAGAACUCAAUUGGUCGUCCAAUACUUCCAAUGCGUUGAAGGCUUCACGCAACCCGAAGUUAUCAGAAGACUCCCGCGACAGGAGAGUAGAUCGGUUCUCCAAAGCAUCGCGAGUCUGCUGGGUUAUUCGAGGUCUGAUCCCUUCUGUGCAGUUGUUGCCUAUAGAAAUUUCAAGCCAAUAUAA